AGGAAAUCACGGUGGGAGUUAGGAUUUGGAUAAUAGAGAGCUCUGCCUCGACUUCCGUUUUUAUCCAGUUUUACACGGAACAGUGCGUUCCACGUAAUGCACACAUAAAAAUAAACUUUUCAAAGCAUUUAAGUCUUGCAUUUAACGCCGCCUACACAGAAACAUCAGCAAAGGCGCCCCGGACGAAGUCCGCAGGACACGAAACAGAAGCAUCCUGUUUUCAAAAUAACCGAAAGCGAAAGCCCCGUCCGUGACCAAACGCUGCCCUCCGUAGAGGCUUUCGUGCUUUCCCGGAGCAGGAGGGAAAGCGGCGGGUUCCACUGAGCAAUGAAAUCACCUCUGCCCUAAUCCCCACAAGAAGCGCUUGGACAUUCACCAACCAGCCAGUUACUCUGUUUUAGUUUCCCUGGCCCUGUCUUGCAAAGAAGGCACUGUGUGUGGCUCACCCUGGUGACAGAAUCAUGGAUGAUGAUACAGGCAACACAAAGCAAGCGUGGAGAGAGUCCUCACAAGAGAAAGACACUGUGACAUGUGAACAACACAAGGGAUUAAUUCAUGAAAUUAUGGGGGAAAACAACGAGCUAGAGGAGAUGAUCAGAAAACUUGAAGCAGAAUUACACGAGGAUGCCAGAGAGUUCCAAAUUAAAGAGAACAUACCAGAAAAAAAGCUUAAAUUCACAUCAGUGGAGAGUCCCAAGGAUGGCGGCCAGUUCUCAAAUAGCUCCUGUUCAUUUCAAGUGAGCUCACAAAUUACUUAUGAGCUACAGAAAGGACAAGCACUCAUCACCUUUGAAAAGGAAGAAGUUGCACAGAAUGUGAUAAUGAUGGGGAAGCAUGUCGUGCAGAUGGAAGGUACCGCUGUGGAGGUCACUGCCCAUCCAGUCCCACUCGAUACAGGGGUCAGAUUCCAGAUUCGUGUAGACAUUUCUAAAAUGAAGAUCAAUGUUACGGGAAUUCCCAGUGAACUGUCUGAGGAGCAGACGAGGGACAAACUGGAGCUGAGCUUCUGUAAGUCCAGGAACGGAGGUGGAGAAGUGGAAAGCGUGCACUAUGACAAGAGGUCCGGAAGUGCUGUCAUCACGUUUGUGGAAGCUCGAGUUGCUGACAAGAUUUUGAAAAAGAAAGACUAUCCUCUUUACAUGAAUCAAAAGUGCUAUAGGGUUCCUGUUUCUUCGUAUACAGAGAGACGCUUGGAAAAGUACCAGCUGUUUUCAGCCGUAUCCAAGAAGACAGUGCUCCUGACUGGUUUAGAAGGCGUUCAGCUAGACGAAGAGAUGGCGGAGGAUUUACUUGGCAUUCACUUCCAACGGAAGAAUAAUGGAGGUGGAGAAGUAGAUGCGGUCAAAUGUUCUCUAGACCAGUCCUGCAUAGCAUAUUUUCAGUAACAACGCUGGAGAAACCAUGUGAAAAUGAUAGCUUUGAGCCCAGAAUCUCUGUAAACAUUUACAAAAUCCUGUAAUCCUUAAAAAACAAAACCUUUAACCUGUCAGUGUCUUCUUAUUCUUCCAUGCAAAAAUCUAUUCCUGACUCUUAAAAUUCUUCACCGUUUUCAGCGCUCCCGUUUGCUUACAGAUGUGCGAGUGGCCUGUGUGGGAGAAGCUUUGUUGCCAAUCUCUGUUUUGACAGCCCCAGCAGAUGUCUCCUGCCCUUGCUGGCUGCCUCUGUCAUGAUCAUAUGGGCCAAUUCCAUUCCGGUUCCUUGCCCAGCAAUGUGGAGAUUUGAUGCAUAAUGUCUUCAAAAUGAAAUACAGUUAAAUUCAGCAAUCUGUGAAUCCUGUAGGACCUAAAAAGAUUCAAGGGGCUGUGCCACUUUACAUGGCCUUUCAAAACUCCACGGCCCCCAGGUCCUCAGAGCCACGUGGUUGUUUUCGCUUGCAGUGCCAAGUCCUUACUGUUCCUCCCAGAUAUCCAGGUAUCCCUUUCCGAAACAUAGAUUUUCUCUUACAUCUUUCCUGCUUAUUUUCUGUGUUUUUGAAACAGGGUUUCAUUAUUGUGUGGCCCAGUCUGCCCUUGAACUCCCGAUCUCCUGCCUCAACCCUCACUUGUAGGAAUACAGAUACCACCACCAUGCCUAGCUUGAAUUUUACAUAUUCGUUAGAAAGAAUCCACAUAAGAAAUUGAGAAUUUGGGAAUAUAUCCCCUCAGGGUGCUUGGUGCUGUGGACUGCCUGAAGUCAAAACUCAGUGAUGCUCUCUUGCCACUUAUUUAUUUGGAGAACAAACAGAAACCUUAAUGAAAAGUUAAAGGCCUUCCACUUAGAGAAAGCGAGAUUCUUUUUGCCAAGGAAUCUGUCGACAGAUUUUACUCUGACAUGUUUUACGACCUAGAAACAAGAGUAAAUUCAAGACAGGUAUGGUGGUUAGUGCCUAUAAAUCUGAGCACUCAGAUGGUCAGUGGCCUGGUCUACAUAGAUAGUUUCUGGCCAGCCAGGGCUAUUCAGUGAGAGCUUGUCUCAAAACAACAACCACAAUAACGUGAUUACGUUCAUAUUUCAAUAUUGGCAGAAAUCACUCAUUCUAGAAAAUGUUUUAUUUCCAGAAUGGGAGAUUUUGUUUUUUUUGCUCCUGAUAUUUUACUUGUAGGUUUUAAGGUUAUUGCCAGAAAUGUUCAUUGCUUUUAUAUUCUGUCUGAAAUGAGAUACUGUCUUCAACUAUACAAUUUACAGUAAAUAUUUCUAUUUAUCAUCAAA